AAUUCAAACAAACCAAAGAGCAAGCAGCAGCACCUGGAAGAGCUGAGGAGAAAAGGAACUGAAAAGAAAAAAUAGACGAGGAUAAAGAACUGAUUCUGUCUUUGGCUUUCUAAGGAAAAGUUUUACCAGGCAAAAUGAUGAGCAGCAAAGUAAUUGUCGCCACCGUUGUGGUGUUCUUGGCCUGCCUGGCCAUAAGUGAAGGAAUGAGUCUGAGGAGCUUGGGAGUGGAGCUGCACUGCCGCUGCAUCCAGACGGAGAGCAGACCCAUCGGCCGCCACAUCGAGAAGCUGGAGCUGAUUCCCGCCACCUCCCACUGCGAGGACACCGAGAUCAUUGCCACUCUGAAAAAGACCCAUCAAAAGGUUUGCCUGGACCCAGAGGCCCCCUGGGUGAAGAAAGUGAUUCAGAGAAUCAUGUCACAGAAAAAGCGUUGAAGACAUGCACCAGAUGCUUUUUCAUUUGAACCAAAGAGUAUUUAUUUAUCUAAAGAAUUCACUUUACUGCCUCAAAAUGAUUAUACUGUUGAAGGCAACACCAGAUUUUCUUUAAUCAAGUUGUUUGUAUCAAACAGCCAUUUUAUAUCCAUGUUACCUCCUGUUUGUUUGCUGUACACAUCUGGUGGAGCCAGUAUCUUAUUUUGGCUAUUCUUGAAGUCUGUGAAACUGAACUACUUCUAUCCUCAGCAUUAAUAUAAUGUAUUUAUUUAUCUAUGUAUUUAUUGUGCCUGGUAUACACAAAUAAAAAUAUUGAUUUGCAAACUGAAACAGA